CUUUUGUUCUGAAUGCUCUGUACUGCUUUUUUUUUUAGUUGUCAUUUUCUCGCUACUGUCUUAUUUUCUUUUCUAUAACUGCUUGCUUUGGUGCUCUUGAGCCGAUGGCCUUUUGGAAACAACCUCGCUACCUCCACAAGGUAUGGGAUAAGGUCCGCAUAUACUCUAUCGUCCCAGACCCCACUUGCGGGAUUACACUUGGUAUGGAAGUUCCAUCGAAUGUUGAGUCGAUUUCUGUGAUUUCAGCUACUGAGUAUUGGGGUAUCUUCCUGCUCAGGUACUGUAAGUUCUUUCCAGCCAUUAAGGUUCAUUCUUUCCCUCUUAGUUCUCUUUCUAUUUUCAGUGUCUACUAUAUACUAAUACUGGUUCUUGAUUUUAGUUUUUUUUUAAAAAAAUUGCUGUAAUGGGUGUAAAAAUUAUUUGAAGUUGAGUCUGUUUGUCAUGGACCCAAAUGGAUUUUUGAGUUGAUUCAGUAAAGUCGAGAAUGUCAAAUGUUUUGGUAGUCAGGUUAUCCCGAGUGAGCCAUUGAUGCAGUCCCGAGAGGAUUCUGCAAACAAGGUGUUGCAAGAUACCGGUGCUGUUCUUUUCCUUCCUUUAAUGCCGGGCGCUUUAUAAGAUUAAAGUGGGAUUUGGUAAGAGAGUUAACUGAUAGAUACAUACAGUGUAUUCAGCCUUCAAAAAGGGGAAAGGACACAAGCUAGUGAAUUUGCUAUAAAAUGCUUCGCGAUUGUUAACUUCCAAAGUAAUCAUUGAUGGAACCGAAUCACACAAAAUCUAGUGACACUUAUGCUGCCGAUAUCUCUUCCAUCAGGGAAGCGCAAGUACGCAUUAAACCCUUUGCUCAACAAACCCCUGUCCUCACCUCAGACACGUUAGAUUCUAUUGCUGGAAGAAAGCUGUACUUCAAAUGUGAAUGCUUUCAGAAGGGGGGAGCUUUCAAAUUCCGAGGGGCAUGCAAUGCUAUUUUUUCACUUGAUGAUGAUCAGGCCACUAAAGGAGUUGUAACUCAUAGCAGUGGAAAUCAUGCUGCAGCUCUUUCUUUGGCUGCAAAACUGCGGGGCAUCCCUGCAUAUAUAGUUAUACCAAAAGAUGCUCCAAAAUGCAAAGUCGCGAAUGUCAAACGUUACGGUGGUCAAGUUAUCUUCAGUGAGCCAUCGAUGCAGUCCCGGGAAGAUACUGCAAACAAGGUGUUGCAAGAUACUGGUGCUGUUCUUGUUCCUUCCUCUAAUGAUAGGCGCAUUAUAAGUGGGCAGGGUACAAUAUCUCUGGAGUUUCUGGAACAAGCUUCAGAUAUUGACACUUUAAUAGUUCCAAUCAGCGGAGGUGGUAUGAUAUCGGGAGUUGCAUUAGCUGCCAAGGCCAUCAAUCCCGCCAUUCGCAUUUUGGCUGCCGAACCACUGGGGGCAAAUGAUGCUUUCCAAUCAAAGAGCAAUGGUAGGAUUACUAAGUUAUCUGAAGUCAACACUAUUGCUGAUGGCCUUCGAGCUUUUCUUGGAGAUCUCACAUGGCCUAUUGUCCGUGAUCUCGUGGAUGACGUUAUAGUUGUUGAUGAUAAGGAGAUAAUACAAGCUAUGAAACUUUGCUAUGAGAUUCUGAAGAUUGCAGUGGAACCAAGUGGAGCUAUAGGCCUUGCAGCUGUUCUUUCAGAUGGUUUUCGAAAAAAUCCAGUCUAUAGUGAAUGCAACCAUAUUGGAAUUGUUCUGUCCGGAGGAAACGUUGAUCUUGGUGUGCUCUGGAAUUCCUUUGAUAAAUGAGAAACUCUAUUAGUCGCGAGAGGCAGAUUCAGAAUUUAAAUUAGUAGUUAGAGUUUGGAAUUUUGCCAUAACUCAUUUGAUUUACUGGGUUCUGAAUCAAUUACCAUUUGUUCUUCUUUAGUUGUGUUUUUUUAUUAUAUACAUUGUUCAAUCCAAAGUUACUUGUUUCAGAUGAAUCCGUAACUUUCACUCUAUGUCCAUCCUUGGAAACAGAUGUUAUUCAAUGUUUCAACUUUUCUAUUAUU